AUGGACCCGACCACGAACGCCCCCGACCUCCCGUACGGGACCUCGCUCAGCCUCGGCUCGCGCGAGUACCACAUCCUCGAGUGCCUCGGCUCUGGCAAGUCGGGCUCCGUCUACCGCGCGCUCGAGCACGCCCACGACUCCGCGCACGCCGUCGCGCGCGCGAUCAAGGUCCUCCCGCUCGACCCCGCCGUCGGCCUCGAGGGCUACCACGUGCGCGAGGCGGCGCUCCAGGCGCGCGUGUCCGCGCACCCGCACGUCGUCUCCCUGCACGACGUCCUCUACGACGACCGCCGGGCGUACCUCGUCAUGGACUACCACCCCGGCCGCGACCUGCACCGCUUCCUCGCGCGCUGGCGGCCGCUCGCGGGGGACACCGCCGCCGUCAAGCGCGUCUUCCUCCAGGUCGCGGACGCCGUCGCGGCGUGCCAUGCCGCGGGCGUCUUCCAUCGCGACCUGAAGCUCGGGAACAUCGUCGUCGACGACGAGAGCGAGCUCGGGAGCGUGAGCGUCGCGGACUUUGGGCUCGCGACCGACGUGGAGUUCAGCGCCUCGUUCGGGGUCGGGACGCGGCCCUACAUGAGCCCCGAAUGCUGCCAGCGCGCGGUCGGCCGCGACACGUACGACGCCCGCCGGAACGACGUCUGGGCGCUCGCCAUCAUCCUCCAGGAGCUCGCGUUCGGCCGGCGGCUCUGGGAGGCCGCGCACACCGCCGACCCGCACUUCCGCGCGUACGCCGCGGACCCGGGCCUCUUCGCGCGCGUGUACCCGAUCGCGCCCGCGUUCGAGCGCCUCCUCCGCGGCGCGCUCGCCGUCGACCCGGACGGCGGCGGCGGCGGGGCGCUCGGCCUCGACGAGCUCCGGGCGGGCGUCGCGGCGCUCGAGAGCUUCUGGGCGCCGGCGGAGGAGCUCGGGGGGAAGGUGCCGGCGUACGUGUGGGACCGCCAUCGGCGGGCGCCGCCGCGCGCGCUGCCCACCGGGUGCUCGCUCGCGCAGGGGGGCAGCGAGGGUGGGGCGUGGGGGCGGGCCGUCGCCGCCGCCGCGCGGGAGGAGGAGGAGCGGGAGCGGGGGCGGCGAGAGGAGAGGGAGAAGGCGGGGAGGCGGAGGGAGUCGGUCAUCGAGUUCUUGUGCACGCUCGCCGACCGGCUCGUGCAGGGGGAGAGGCCGAGCGGGAGGGGCGCGGAGAAGGCCGCAGAGGCGAGGCCGGGGCAUCUGCGCAGGCUGGCGCUUCGGAUUCAGGCGUAG